UCUAUGCAUUUAUAGAACGGAUCUGCAUUACUUUUAUGAGCAACUGGCAAAUUAUAAGAAUGAUAUGGACAUUGGAGCAAUUGGAUAUUUGUUAGAAUUAUCAAUCUAUAAGAAGAAAAAUAUUUCCACAACACCUCCUACCGCAGAUAAUGUAAAAGAGGAGCUAGAUAUAAAGACUGAACAAUACAAUGAAGAUGCAAUCAUUGAAGAACAAAGUGUAGAAAAUACAAAUAUGUAUGGAGAAGAUUAUGCACCCGUGUUAGAAUUUGAAGAUGAUGAUGAGUCAGAUAGUGAUUAUGUACGCCAAAGUCCCACCACGCAGCACACAGCCACAGACGAACAUGUUGGGGACAAGGGGAAGUGCGCUGGUGAACAGAGCAUAGAAAAUGAGGACAAAAAGGCACAGUACAAGAGUCACAAGGAACAACUCAUCUGUGAUGUUUGCUUAAAAAUGCUUCCGACUAAAAGCAAGUUUCUAAGGCACAUCAGGACACAUACUGCUGAGAAACUAUUUACCUGUGAAAUUUGUAAAAAAAAAUUCAAAUCGGAAAGCUACUUAAAAAUGCAUAUACGAUAUCAUACUGGUGAAAAACUAUUUGAAUGCGAUAUGUGUAAACAGAAAUUCACAUCACGCAGUGCAUUACAAAAUCAUUUAGUAAUUCAUACUGGUGAGAAACCUUUUAACUGCAAUAUUUGUCAAAAGAAAUUCGGACAAAAACACAACUUAAAUCAACACUUGCUAAUUCAUACUGGUAGGAAACCAUAUAACUGUGAUAUAUGCCAAAAGAAAUUUGGAACAAAAAGCGCCUCAAAAUUACACAUGCUAAUUCAUACUGGUGAGAAAGUACAUAGCUGUGACAUAUGUCAAAAGAAAUUCUUAACAAGAGGGGACUUAAAAAAACAUGUAUUCCUUCAUACUGGUGAGAAACCAUAUAACUGCGAUAUAUGUCAAAAGAAAUUUAGAAGCAAAGGUAACUUACAAGCACACUUGCUAAUUCAUAAUCGUGAGAAGCCGUAAAGCCUGGAUAUCUCUUCUGGUCCAUUGAAAUGUUACAAUUUUAGGACCGAAUA